UGUUUUUGGCUACGUAACGCCCCAAUUUGACACGCUUAAAAUUGUUACUCCAGUUAUUAAUUUUGCGUUGAGAAAGAUCAGCACCAUUUGUCCCGUCAUUUCGUCCUCGUUGCUUUCCAUUUUCUUUGUUCUUUUUUGUAUUCUACAUUUUGGAUUUGCAUUAUAAAAUCAUUGCUCUAAUCAAUAAUUAAGUUACUGCAUUAGCGAUAUAUUUGGUAACUUGUUAAGAUCUUUGAGGAUUCUGAGCUCGGUUGGUAGUAGUAGUAGUAGUGAGAAAUGGAGAGGGAGAAGGUGAUGAUGGAGAGAGAGAAGAAAGGGGGUGUUUCAAGUUCAUCUAACGGUGGAGGUAUGAAUAAUGUGAUUAGGGAAAUGAUGGAUGUGAUUGAGACUGUUGGAUCUUAUGCAGGGUACAGGGAAACACAAAGGAAAGAAUGCUUAAACUUGGUAAGAAGAUUGAAGCUGUUGCUGCCUCUUUUGGAAGAUAUAAAAGAGAUUAAUAACGAGUUGAUUUCAAGUGAGGCUUUGAAUUGUUUGGUUAAUUUGAAGAAAGCACUUUUUCUUGCCAAGAAAUUGGUCAAGAAAUGUAGCUGUGGAAGUAAGAUUUAUCUGGCAUUGGAAAGUGAUGCAGUGAUGGGUAGAUUUCAUGCUGUAUAUGAUAAAUUAAAUCAGGCUUUGGAUGAUAUGCCUUAUGAUGAUUUUGGGAUGUCAGAGGAAGUUAAAGAACAAGUUGAGCUCAUGCGUAUGCAACUUAGAAGGGCCAAGAGGCGAACUGACACGCAGGAUAUAGAACUAGCAAUGGAUCUAAUGGUUGUAUUUUCUAAAAAGGAUGACAGAAAUGUAGACAGUGCAAUACUAGAAAGACUGGCCAACAAGUUACAACUGCAUACUAUUGCAGACUUGAAAGCUGAAACAGUAGCUGUUAGAAAACUAAUCAAACGGAGAGAUGUGCGGAAUGCUGAAAGCAUUCAACAAAUAACCGAUCUGCUAGGAAAACUCAAACAAGUUGCAGGUGUUGAUGAAAACAUUGAGCUUGAUGGUCCUAUCUCUUCAAAAGGAUUUAAGAGGUGUCAAUCUUUGCUAAUUCCUCAUGAAUUCCUUUGUCCAAUUACUCUGGAGAUGAUGGUGGAUCCUGUUAUUGUGGCAACAGGACAGACUUAUGAAAGGGCAAGCAUACAAAAGUGGUUGAAUUCUAACCAUCGGACAUGCCCAAAGACUGGACAAACCUUGGAUCAUUUGACUUUGGCACCAAAUUUUGCACUACGGAACCUUAUAUUACAAUGGUGCGAGAAAAAUCAUUAUGAAUUGCCUAAGAAGAAUGCUUGUGUGGGUUGCGAUGGCUCUCCGGCUGAAGUUGUAGAGAAAAUCUCCUACUUGGUCCAGAAUCUGUCCUCUUCCGAGAUUGACGUACAGAAAGAAGCUGUUAUGAAACUCCGUAUGCUAUCAAAAGAAAAUCCAGACAACAGAAUUUUAAUCGCCAACAUUGGAGCAAUCCCUCCACUAGUCCAGUUAUUGUACUAUCGAGACUCAAUUGUUCAAGAACAAGCUGUAACAGCUCUGUUGAACCUAUCAAUUGAUGAAGCGAACAAAAGAAUUAUAGCAAGAGAAGGAGCGAUUUCUGCUAUAAUAGAAAUAUUGCAAAAUGGAACUGGAGAGGCUAGAGAAAAUUCUGCAGCAGCUUUGUUUAGCUUGUCAAUGCUUGAUGAGAACAAAGUACUUAUCGGAUCUUUAAAUGGAAUCCCUCCUUUGGUGCACCUUUUGCAGAAUGGUACAACCAGAGGCAAAAAGGAUGCUGCAACUGCACUUUUCAACUUAUCUUUGAACCAAACCAACAAGUUCAGGGCUAUUAAGGCUGGUAUUAUACCGGCAUUGCUUCAUCUACUAGAGGAUAAAAAUGUAGGCAUGAUUGAUGAAGCCCUAUCAAUCUUAUCACUCCUUGCCUCACAUCCUGAUGGAAGAAGUGAAAUUGGAAGGCUAUCUUUCAUAAAAACACUUGUUGAAAUUAUUAGGAAUGGGACUCCAAAGAACAAGGAAUGUGCAACUUCCGUUCUUCUCGAGCUGGGGCUAAAUAACUCAUCGAUCGUAUUGGCUGCACUUCAAUAUGGUGUUUAUGAACAUUUGAUAGAGAUUACAAGAUGUGGAACCAACAGAGCUCAAAGAAAAGCAAAUUCUCUUUUGCAGCACAUGAGUAAGUGUGAACAUAUUCCAUAAACUUACUACAAACUAUUGAUAUCACUUUAGAGUGUGUACUGAAGCAUUUUUGGCAUUCUAUUAUGUACCCAACGGCCUUGCUUGCACUCACUCUGGCUUUAUAUAAUAUGAAAGCCUUAAAGAAUAGUGGCUUUCCCUGGCCAACUUUAGAUUGACUCUCAAUUUGCUUGUUUAUUAAUAAAAGCAUGUAAAUUGAGGUUAUUUGUAGCCAAAAAAAAGUAUAUAUAUUACAAUUUCUUUGUUUUUACUUCA